GCACGCACGUGACCCCUGGGCGCCUGACGCUGCGGGCUCUGGAGGAACAUGGCGCUGUGGGCUUGUUCAGUUGUUCCCGCCCUCAGGCUUUGGGGCCUGGGAGGUGCGCGGCCCUGGACCCGCCGGCCUUGUGUUGCAGGUGGAGGAAGGCCCAUAUCUUUUUCUGCCGGUGCCUCAAGUGUCUCUGGAAGCGGAGGCCACAGUCAGAAGUUUCUCCUGCAGGACAUUGCUGAGCUGAUUAAAACCAGAGCCUGCCAGAGGGUGGUGGUCAUGGUGGGGGCCGGCAUCAGCACACCCAGCGGCGUCCCAGACUUCAGAUCUCCAGGGACCGGAUACUACAGCAACCUCCAGCAGUACAAGAUCCCCUACCCCGAGGCCAUUUUUGAGCUGUCAUUUUUCUUUCGCGAUCCCAAGCCGUUUUUCACUUUUGCCAAGGAGCUAUACCCUGGGAACUAUAGGCCUAAUGCCACUCACUACUUCCUGCGACUGCUCCAUGACAAGGGGCUGCUUCUGCGGCUCUACACACAGAACAUCGAUGGGCUUGAGAGAGCGUCUGGCAUCCCUGCCUCAAAGCUCGUUGAAGCUCAUGGAUCCUUUGCCUCUGCCACCUGCACCGUCUGCCGAAGACCCUUCCCAGGGGAGGACUUUUGGGCCGACGUGAUGGUGGACACGGUCCCACGCUGCCCGGUCUGCACUGGCGUUGUGAAGCCCGACAUCGUAUUCUUUGGGGAGAUGCUGCCCCACAGGUUCCUGCUGCAUCUGGCUGACUUCCCCAUGGCAGACCUGCUGCUCAUCCUUGGGACCUCUCUGGAGGUGGAACCUUUCGCCAGCUUGUCUGAGGCCGUGAGGAGCUCGGUGCCCCGACUGCUCAUCAACCGGGACUUGGUGGGGUCCUUGGCUAGGCAUCCUCGGGGCAGGGAUGUGGUCCAGCUGGGGGACGUGGUUCACGGUGUGAAAAGGCUGGUGGAGCUUCUGGGCUGGACGGAGGAGAUGCGGGACCUCAUCCAGCGGGAAACUGGAAAGGUAGGGACGGCUGAGAGUCACGGGAGGGGCCAUCUCUUCUACUCUGGGGUCUGGUCAACCUGGAGUGGCGCCCUCUUUGGCUAAAACAGUAACAGUAAUAGGUAAUAUUGCUGUUAACCCUGUACCAGGCACUGUUUGGCGCCAUCUAUGUGCUUAUGAAUCGGGUGCUGUGAUUCUUAAUACCUCUGUUUAGAGAUGAAGAAACUGAUGCUUCGUUCCUGCUGAGUGGCAGAGUGGAGAUGAGGGUCUAGGCAGACAGGGCUGUCGUUCUGCAGUCGUCACACUUCAGCUGUCUUUGUACCCUAAACUGAAGGAGCACUCCAGGAUAAGAUGUGAUUCUGAAGUUCUCUGAACCUGUGUGGGAUGAUGCUUUUAGGAGAUAAUCAGAGUGAGAGGAGUUGACGUAUCAUCUGCUGAGCGUAGAAAGUCAGAGAGCCUUGAUCUCUCUAGAUGUCAAACCUCCUAUAAACAAGUGAGGUUACAGAAGAUGCAGUUUCCCAUGAGAAUCAGUUAGCACGUGUAGCCUUGAUGUGAGGGGUUCUUUUCUACAGGGGGCAGCAUUAAGCAUUUUAAGUCCAGUUGUCUCAAAGAGGAUUAUUUAUGAUGACAGCCAGGUUUAACACUGCUGGAAGUGGACUUCACUAGAAUGCUGUAAGUUAUAUUCUUGCCAUCUUGGGAAACCUCUCACCUUCUGGCUGUGGCUGCUUCAGGACUCAGGGCCAUGAGUCAGCCCUUUCCUCUCACCUCCACUGGCAAAAGCCCCCAGCCUCUGGCUACAGCCUGAUUUCUUACCAAUUUGAACCAAAGCAAGAAGAAUAUGAGGCUUUUUAAAGAUAUAAGACUUUGCAGUUAUAUUGUUUUCAUGAUAUUAGACAUCAUUGCCUUUCAAUCCAGAGUUUGGCUCUUAGGGAUAAGAUGUAGGACGGUGCCAUUUCUCAUCUCAUUAUAUGGAGGAAAUAAAGACCAUCAAAUGUUAAAGUCACGUUGCUGGGUCGCUUAAUGGAAGCAGAGUCCGGCUAAUACGGAUGCUUACACUUUACACCUCGAGAGGAACCGUAGCAGAUGCCUUGCUCACAGGGGAGUAGAGAUCUUGGUCAGAUCCGCCUGGCAGCUUACACAGGAGCCUUGGGUGGCUGACUUCCUACUUCCAUAUAACAGCAAGACAAAGUCAAGUAGCCUCUAUAGACGUUUAGAAUUAUAGUCCUAUAGGAUUUGACCUGUGCUAUUUUCUAGUUCCACAGAAAUUUGUGUAAAGUUACGAUUUUAGGGGUUUACGUAUUUUAAAAGAGUUGCUGUCCAAGAAUAAACACUAAGGGAUGAGCUGAAGUCUAAGUUGGAUUACUUUUCCAAACAGUGAACGUACUUGAGUGCAUCUCGACUGGUUACUUAAGUGAAGCCCUCCAUUUAGCCGCCCAGUUUUGCCCAGCCCUGCUGGCAUCGUCUUAACUUGGUUGAACAGCAGCAUUUGCGGACAGAAAAGCUUCCGUUUUAGGAAAUAAUUCAAUUCCAGGCCCUGAGAUGUGCCCAGGUAUGUUUUCAGAUAACCAGUUUCCUCUCUCCUUUGUGCUCCAGCUUGAUGGUUGGGACAAAUUAGGAGAGUGAGGGCUGCUCCUCACGCCAGAAAGGGCUACACGGGAGCCACUGCCCACUUCUGACGAGCCCUCUGCCUGAAGAACAGCUCGGGCACGCUUACAAAUUUUGGCUGAACCAGAACAUGCGACCUGAGGCUGCCCCUGGAGUGUCUUCCCAGGUCAUGAGUCUGUGCACUCGGGGCCACCCCAGCCACAGAUGUGCAGGAGCUGCCUGGCCUGACUUUUUGCUGAAGCUCUUAAUGCCACAAGCGUUCUUCUGAUGGUCAACCUCUUGGACUCAGACAACCUGGAACCCCAGACUGGACUCCAUCUGAAGGGCAGGUUUAGCAUCUGUCCACUUGGGUCGAGCAGCCCCAGUCACACCCCAAGUGUGGGCCUGGGUCCCAGGUAAUGCACUAGGGUUUUCUAGCGCGGUGGCCUCUUUAGUAGGUUUAUUUUUAGAGAUUGUCCUUCAUUUCUGGCAUGAAGUAAACUAAUAGAGAAACUGGG